UUAAGAGUCAAUUGAUGGAGUAUUCAAGCAUGUUAGGAUUGGCUAGCACUCUCAUUGCACUUGCAUUUGGUGCUUAUCUUUUCUUGAAGAGGGUUAAUAAGUGGUAUUACUGCUCAGGGAAGACCAAAUUCCCUCUCCCUCCAGGAGAUAUGGGUUGGCCUUUGUUUGGUAACAUGAAGUCCUUCAUGCAAGCUUUCAAAUCUGAUGAUCCUGAUUCCUUCCUCUUCAACUUGGUUGAAAGGUAUGGAAGGACGGGUAUAUACAAGUCACAUUUAUUUGGAAGACCGACAGCGAUUGUUUGCUUGCCUGAAACAUGUAAGGAAGUGUUAACAGAUGAUGAAAACUUCACGGUUGGAUAUCCGAGCAGCGAGAAGCUUUCAGGAAGGAAAUCGUUGAUUUCUGUUCAAGGCAACGAGCACAAGCGUCUACGCAAGCUAACAACAGCUCCGAUCAACGGGCACGAGGCGCUAUCGACCUAUGUGGAGCUGAUUGAGGAAGUGGUUAUGGCUAAAUUGGAUGAAUGGGCAAGCAUGAACAAGCAUCUUGAGCUCCUUAAUGAAUUUAAGGGAGCUACUUUUAAGAUCAUAACAAAUAUCUUCUUUGGACCUCAAGGAUAUGAUAGGUUUGGUUCAAUGAGGAGCUUGUUUACUGAUCUCACUGAAGGGUUAUUCACAAUGGGCAUAAAUAUUCCUGGAUUUGCCUACCAUAGGGCACUAAAGGCACGUGAGAAACUUGUGACCAUAGUUGAUGGUGCAAUUGAAGACAGGAGAGAGUUGAACAAAAAAAGUGACUCAAAGGGGAAGAAAAGCAUGUUGGAUUUCUUGCUAGAGGUUGAGAAUGAAGAUGGUGAGACAAUGGACAAUGAAACUAUCAUUGAUUUACUUGCUGGAAUCAUGUUUGCUGGCCAUGAAAGCACUGCUUUUGCAACUAUGUGGGUCUUGUUAUUCCUCUAUGACAAUCCACAAGUCCUUCAGAAAAUUAAGGAAGAACAAGAGGAAAUUGUCAAGAAUAGACCAUCCACACAAAAAGGAUUGACAAUCAAGGAAAUCAAACAGAUGCCUUAUACUGGAAAGGUGAUUCAAGAACUAUUAAGGAGGGUUAAUCUCUCAUUUGCAUUAUUUAGAGAAACAAAAGUUGAUGUUCACAUAAAUGGAUAUACCAUACCAAAAGGAUGGAAAGUUCUUGCAAUGGCUAGAGCAGUACAUAUGGAUCCUCAAAUCUAUUCAAAUCCUAAAGAAUAUGAUCCUUCAAGAUGGGAUAACCCAAAUGUGAAAGCUGGAGCAUACAUUCCCUUUGGACUUGGAAGUAGGGUUUGCCCUGGAAAUGAUUUAGCCAAGUUUGAGCUCUACAUCUUCAUCCAUUGUUUUGUCCUCAACUACAAGCUUGAACGAACAAAUCCAGACUGCCCAAAAGUCCACUUUCCAGUUCCAAGGCCUGCAGACAACUUUCUUGCCAAAAUCAUCAAGCUCUAAUCACUUCUCACUAGUUUGUCUUUCAACUUUAUUUUUGUACAAUAAUCACCCAACUCUUAUAGUGGGUAUAUAUAUAUAAUUACUUUGCUGUUCCACAUAUACUUUCAAUAAUGUAAGUCCUUUAAAUAUUAAUCAUGUUUUGCAUAGGAAUUAAUAUACAAGUAUAAUAUAGUAAGAUAUUGUUGGA